AAAAACAUCUGCGCAGUCAGUGCUUAAAACAGCGCCAAUCUGUUCGAAGGUGAAUUUUUCGAUCUGACUGUCCCGUGGUGUCCAGUGUUUAAAAAGUAUGGGUUUCGCUAGUCGCGUGUUCGUCGUCGUAAUUGCACUAUCUGUGGCGGUGAUCUUCAAGCAAUAUCGCAACCUUGCGACACCAACGCCAGCUCCGACAAUAAAUGAUUUGGAUCAGUACUGGGGUCCUGGCGAUGGCAAACUGUAUAAAGAAAAUACGGCGAUCAAACCGUUCAAGAUCGCGUACACUACUGAGGUGAUUGAGAAGCUUCGUAGCAAAUUGAAUGACACACCAACAUUCAGUAAACCACUGGAAGGGGUUUCCUUCGAGUAUGGUUUUAACAGUAAUUACCUUCAGGAGGUUCUCAAAUACUGGAAGACUGAUUAUCUAGACAAAUGGAGCACUCGAGAGAAGUACUUGAAUCAGUUCCCACAUUUCAAAACUCAAAUUCAGGGUCUAGACAUACACUUCAUUCACGUGAAACCGAAAGUAUCGCCAGAUACCAAGGUAUUCCCGUUGCUACUGUUACAUGGAUGGCCUGGAUCGGUACGUGAGUUUUAUGAUAUCAUACCAAAGUUAACCAGCAAAAGUGAGGACAAAGACUUUGUGUUCGAAGUAAUCGUUCCCAGUUUACCUGGUUAUGGUUGGUCCCAAGCUGCAGCUAAACAAGGACUUAGUGCAUCGAGGAUUACGCUUAUAAUGAAAAGGCUUAUGAACCGUAUAGGUCAUCCGAAAUUCUACGUUCAGGGUGGUGAUUGGGGAUCAGUGAUCGGCAAUCAAAUAGCUGCUUUCUUCCCAGAUAACGUGCUUGGUGUACAUUUGAAUAUGUGCGGUGCGAUGUCUCAAUUAGCCAUUUUGAAAACCAUCAUCGCCAGUUUCAAACCAUCUCUGUUCAUCGAUGAUAGAUAUAUUGAUUUCUACUAUCCUGCUUUGCCUAGACUGAAGGAAAUUGUUAUCGAAAGCGGCUACAUGCACUUGCAAGCUACCAAACCAGACACCAUUGGAAGCGCCCUGGUGGGUAAUCCUGUAGGUCUAGCAGCUUACAUUUUGGAAAAAUUCUCGACCUGGACAAAUCCCGCUUACAGAGAGUUGCCAGAUGGUGGCCUAUUGAAAUACUUCACUCUGGAUAGUUUGUUGGAUAACAUUAUGAUCUACUAUCUAACUGAUUCGAUCACCACAUCGCAACGAAUUUAUCUAGAAAACUUUGGCGUUCGUGAACUGUCUGCCGGUUUCGAUCGUGUUCAAACGAAGGUCCCCUCUGCUUGUGCCAAAUUCAAAUACGAAUUGAUGCACACCAUAGACUGGGCAUUGCGAGAUAUUUUCAUAAAUUUGGUUCAAACAAAUCAUUUCGAGGACGGUGGUCACUUUGCAGCUAUGCAACUUCCCACAGUUUUGUAUAAUGAUAUAGUGGAGUUCGUGAAAAAGAUCCAGUAAAAUGGUAGAAUUAGAAUUGUCCAAAGUUGUAAAAUAAAAUGUUCAUUGCUUAUGUAGA